AUGGCUUUUACAGUAAAAGCCCUAGUGCUCAUGCAACUUUCAGUUUUAGUAAUUAGCUCUUUCUCAGAUCUCAGUUUUGGUGAAGGCAUUGAAAGUUUGCCACUAGACGAUCAUCAGGACAAUGAAAUCAUCUCAACGGAACGCUCUUUUGGCGGUGGGAAACUCUUUCCCACAAAACCUACCCCUAAGCCAACCCCUAAGCCUACCCCUAAGCCAUCACCAUCACCACCAGCUAAAUCGUCGCCACCGCCAGCUAAGUCACCACCACCUCCGUCGCCACCACCUAAUUCACCUCCACCACCACCACCACCAACUCAGUCACCACCACCUCCGUCACCUCCGCCGCCACCACCAACUCAGUCAUCACCACCUCCGUCACCACCACCUACGCCACCACCGGCUCAAUCACCAAAACAACCACCUUCACCGUUACCAACAAACCAACCACCACCACCAACUCAAUCACCACGACAACCACUUUCACCAUCACCAACUGCUCAGCCACCCGUAAAUCAACGCGCACCACCACCUUCUCAGCCACCAAAACUACCACUACUUCCAUCACCACCAGCUACUCGGCUACCAACAAGUCAACCACCACCACCACCACCAGCUACUCAGCUACCAAUAAGGCAACCACCACCUCCACCAUCAACUAAUGAACCACCAAUGUUUGAGCCACCCACUGAUCAUGAGCCGCCAAUCGUUGAGCAGCCACCACCAGUUGAAAUGCCUCCAUUUGUUGAGCCAUCACCACCCAUUGAUCAGCCACCAGUAACACCAUCUCCACCAACUCUACGUCCACCAUUUAUUCCACCACGUAUUAUAGUACCACCAUUUCCACCAACUCUACGUCCACCAAUUACACCACCGUCCAUUCAUCCCACCGGAAAGCCUCUAAUCGUCGUUGGCCGUGUGAAUUGCAAAUCUUGCAGCAGCCGAGGGCUUCCCACUCUCUUUAAAGCUUCCCCACUUGAGGGAGCUUCAGUGAAGCUAGUUUGUCACAUGAACGAAAGGAAGGCAAAUGUUCAAUGGGCAUUGACAGACAGGAAUGGUGAUUUCUCGAUCAUGCCCAUGUCUUUGACCAGAGCAGAUGUCCAAAAAUGCAAGGUAUACUUGGUAAAAUCACCAAAACCCAUUUGCAAUGUCCCAACAAACUACAACAAUGGAAAAUCUGGUGGUGUAUUGAAAUCUGUCCCACCACCUAAGCCACCGGGUAAUCCUGGCCCAGGCCCUGUUCAACCGCCUAUGUUUGAUUACUUUGGUGUUGGGCCUUUUAUUUUUGAAGCCCAAAGCAAAUUCCCAUGUAAGAAAUAAUAAUUGAGCUCUUCAAUAAAAACCAAGUGAGCAAAGAAAGGAAAAUAAAGUAUGAAUGGAUAAUUAAGUUUGUGAUGGAAAAUCUUUUUUCUUUUUCUCUCUAAUCCUUUCUGUAGUUUACAAGAAGAAAGGCAUAAUCUCUAUUUCCACUAGAGAAGAAUCAACUUUGGAUUUUCAGUAGCAAAAUCCAAAAUUGAGAUUCAGAGAGAUUGUAACCAUAACAUAUGCACUUCGAAUGCAAGAACUAUUACGAAGUUAUGAAAAUAAAAAUUUGUAAGAAUUAAUUUUUCUUUUUGGAUUUUCAGUAGCAAAAUCCAAAAUUGAGAUUCAGAGAGAUUGUAACCAUAACAUAUGCACUUCGAAUGCA